AUGGUGGCAAUAAUUGUUGAAAAGACUAAAAAGAGCAUCGACGAAAGUAGUGCGGAGAAUGAGCCAGCUGCAAGAGCGACGACAGCAAAAGCAUGUACCCGAAGCCACAUAAAGCAGGCACUAAGGUUGAAGUGCAAUGUGUUGGUGCAUAGCAAUAGGAAGAAGAAUGAAAAGACAG